AUGCCGGCCUGUGUGCCUCUUGCUGCAACAGCUGGCAGCGCAGCAUUGCGCACUACCCGAGGCGCCCAUCCAACAUUGCGAAUGGAUGCUUUUCUUCGUAACACUGACGCUACUUAUCAGCACGCCGAGGCCCCCCAAGGAGGUGACCGUUUCAUUCGCCAGAUGGCGACGUAUGGAAAUGUGAGGCCCUCGCCGUGCUUCACGUCGGAGGCCCGUUCUCGGCGGCCUGUCAUCAACGCGGGAGCCGCGAUGGACAUGUCGUCCCUGCCUGCCCCGUGGAACGACCCGAUGGGCCAGAGAAAGGAGGGGACGCUGGUGGUGCCCCAACCCCGUGGCGACGGAGUGAGCACCGCGUUUGCAGAACUGUAUAAGAACGACGCGCUGAUGCUGCCUUCUGAGCGCAGGGCCGAGGCUGUGCAGAUUGUCGCAGGGGAGAAGAAAUGGAAGGAGGACCGCCAGGCGCUCUUCAGGUAUAAGAAGCAGAUCCGCGCUCUGGAGAUGAGGCACCCGGACGGCGUGGAGGGAAUCGAUGGCCCCAUGUAUCCUCAGACCAGAAUCUACGCAGAGAGGCGGGCGCAGAUGCAGGAGCGGGCACAGAAGUUGCAGGCGCACGCCGAAGCGCGCUUCGCCAAUCUGGAGGGGCAGAUGGGUGCGGACGACGCUGUCACGCGUCGGAACUAUGGCACGGACCCCAAGCAGCACCGCUCGGAGGACAUCUGCGUCCAGCGGAAGUUCAUCGACCAGGAGGUGCACCCAGUCAGGUUCCUCGACACCCACUGCCGCAUCUUCCCCAAGUACGAGCCGUCCUGGGACCCAGGACGCGCGCGGGCUCUCCGCAGCCACGACGUCCGGGACAGAGCUUACAACAUCGUGUCAAGCGGCGGAGCCAAUGCUGUUACGUUCGAGGUCGCCAAGCAGUGGGGGCUGCCGGACGUAGGGGCGUAA